AAACAAAGUGUAUUUUGAUCUUGUUUUCUUUUUAACUUAUUCUAGAUAAGUAAUUGACUGUUAUGCACUUGACUUAAAGUUUUUAAAUAUUAAUGUUGUAGUGAAGAAUGACAAAACAUGUUUUAAAUUCGUUUACACUGGAAGUUUCAAACAUAUACUAUUGAGCCGGUGUGCUGCAUUGUCUCUUUACUGUUGACAUAGUCUAGACAACAAACUAGUAGACAACAGGUAGUUCCUUUCGGCUGGAAGAUUUAUUGAACUAAAAGUCAAUUGUUUUAGAUGGUAUCCGAUGGAACUUACUGUUAUUCUUAGGAAAAAAACUACAAUUUUCUGUUUUUCGUUAUACUAGGAGAUAUCGUAAUCUUAUCAGUGUGAUUCAAAUGUACAUCGAUAACGUUCAAGAUGAAUAUAGCCAGGGAUAUAGCAAUCAAAUCACAGACAGAAAUCAGAGAGGAAAACAGACUUCGGCUUAACAGGGAAAUGGCUAAUGCAUCAAAGUUCGGACGAACAGCGCAGGUCCAAAAACUUUUACAACUCGGAGCAGAUGUCAAUUUUGUCUCGCCAUCGAAUUUUGGAUAUACAGCCUUGCAUCAUGCCGCCAGGGAGGGACACACAGACAGCGUAAACAUAUUGUUGAAGUAUGGUGCUAAUACAGAAGUAAGAGACAAAGUAGAGCAUCGUACCCCAUUACAUUGUGCAACUGCAAGAAAUAAAACAGAAUGCAUGGACAUGCUGAUUACCGAAGGUGGUGCCUUUAUUGAUGCCAGAGAUAAAAAUAAUAACACAGCUUUACAUAUUGCCGUCAGUGUCGGCAACGUUAAUGAUGUCAUGUUGUUGGUAAACAGAGGAGCUGACAAAAAUCUAAAAAAUUAUAAGGACCAGACUGCUUUUGUUUUAGCUGCCCAAAAAAGAAAUGAAGACUGUGCGGAUAUAUUGCUACGUGGAACACAUUUUAAAGAUGCUAGAAGUUAUCAAAAUAGCAGACGAUAGCCUAUUGUCAUGUGAUUCUGAACACGCGCACUUUCAAUUUCAAUUAUAUUCUAAUUCAGCUAUUUAUAUUAUUUGUCUCUGGAACUCUUAUAUUGCAUUGUUGAUGAAAACAUACCCCACCUCUAUUUUUUUCCAUUUUUAAUUUCAUUUAAAAGCGCAUGUGCAUAAAUUAGUCAAGCUAACGUCUUAAUUUCCACUGCACCCUUUUGUCAAAAAUAAUCCUUUAAAUAACAUCACAAAAAAUUAAACUUGCACCAUCUUACUACAGCAAAAUGACUUGAGUGUGGAGGUAAAGGUUACUUCUUUGGUAAGCUUGCUUGCUAGCUGAACCAUGAAAUCAUUGUUAGUUAAGGAACCACCUUCCUUUGGGCGGCGUCAAUUAUUAUAGGGUUAGUAGAGAACCAAUCAAAAGUAACUACAGUGCAUACACAUUGUGAAACCAGUUUAGAAUCUAAAUUUAAAAUAUAGUUUUCAAGCAUGUUGAAGGUGUGUUUGAUUUGUCAAUUUCAUUUCAAUUAAAACAAUACAAUACCAUUUUUACAAUAGAAUGGUAAGAGGAAUAUCUCAACGAUUUGACCCGACCAAGUUUAUUUUUACACCUUCUGUAAUACUCCCCCAUAAAAAUACACAUCAAAAUCAAAGAUAAUUAAGUCCUUAUUUUAUAUAUAAACAUAUAUAAUAAGGUUAUGAAAAGUUUUUUUUUUUAAAUCCAUUAAAUCAUGAUGCUAUAUAGAAUUAUACAUGUAAACAAUCUUAGUUAUAAAUGAACAGAAGUAACUGAUUGAAAUGGAAUUGACAAACCAAACACACCUUUAACCUGAAAGCAUAUUUUGAACAAACUUGUAAAACUGGUUUCACAAUAUUUAUAUAUUGUUCCUACUUUUGAUUGGUUUUGUGCCUAACUAUCGACUCCGCCUAAAAGAAGGUGGUACCUUAGCUAAUAAUACUCUGUUACUGAAAAUUAUAUUUUGACUGAAAAUUGCUUUACAGCAAAUUACGCACUAAUAUCACUGGUCAAUUAUGCGAUCUUUCGGGACGUAAAAUAUUGACGACUUAUAACUGGCACUACAAAAACAUUUUGAUUUUGAAAAUGAAUGUCCUUGCCUGGCAUAGCGACAGAUAAAAAUGAAAAGUCAAUCCGCAAAUCCUCCUUUCCUCGCCCCCAGAAUAUCAAAUGGACCUAUUCAAUAUAUCAUUUUUUAUUAACUAUGGACUUACGACGAGGUCAAUACAUUAUAUAUGGACCUGUUAAGUUUAUUCAUUGGUUAUAACGAUCACUUGAUGCAAAGGGUAUUUAAGUAUAUGGACGCUAUGUUUCUAUUUAUAUCCAACCGUGCGAGGGCUUUAUAGACAGUCAAGGUCGUUAAUAACCCCAUCAUCUAUUUAUAUAUAUAUUGACGGUCAAUAUUAAAAAUCUUGUAAAAUACAACGUAAAAUACGCUAUAUAUAUUAUAUAUUGACGGUCAAUAUUAAAAGAUCUUGCUAAAUACAAAGUAAAAUACACAGAAAGAACAUUGAAGUCGAUUUCCAUAAUACACUGUUCACAGUCAAUACGUGUUAGAUUAUAUUGAAACUCGGACUUCGUCCUCGGACAAUAUAAUCUGAACAGGUCCAUAUAUAACGUAUUGAUCUCGUCAAAAGUCCAUUAUUGAUAAAUAUGUAAAUAGUGUAUUAUGGAAGUGGACUUAAUGUUCUUUCUGUGUGUUUUGCAAGAUUAUUAAUAUUGACCGUCAAUAUAUAUAUAUAUAUAGAUAGAAACAUAGCAUCCAUAUACUUAUAAAUAGAUACGAGGCUUCAGGUACAUGGAAUUCCCUUUGAAUCACGUGCGUGUAAUAACCAAUGAAAAAAGAAGAAUGCUACACCAUAUGUAAUAUUUGAUCAUAUGCGACAUUUCCUAAUUUAUAAAUCUAAAAUAUUUCAUUGCUUUUUAUUUGGCUUCGUGAUUUUGAAAAGACCGAAUUUUAGCUUGAUGCAAUUGCAGACUGAAAAGCUUCCAAUGGGUAUGGAACUAAAACAUCAUAAUGAUUAAAAUGUCUAGACUAUUUUUGUUUAUAGAUAAUUCUCUAAAGACUGCUUAUGUAUUUUAUUAAUGACUUUUAGUGGAGAGUCAGUUUACUUUCAAAGUCUCGCACGAAUAAAGUUUCGAUUAACAAUA